GCUCACUUCUUUUUCAGGUAUAAUGUGUUUUCAAAAUACCCUUGUCAUCACUUUACUUGAAAAUACUAUGCUAUUACGUCAAUGAGGCCCUGUUUAUUCUUCCUUUUCAAUCAAUAAAUAUACGUGAGAGGUUGUUUAUUUUCAUCUCACCGUCGUAUAAAAGGAUGACGGAUGAGAGGCCAAACCCAUUGCGUCGGGCUGGCUCGUUUCCGCUCCAAGAUCAACGGCAACAUCGAAGCGACUCUUUACAGCAGUUCGCUCAUAAUGUACGGCAUGUUCCGCCUCAGGGUCGGGAUCGCGUCCACUUCGUAGCUGAACCUGAGGAGCUUCGUCCAUAUGAGCUUGUCACCGAUGAUCGAUAUGGACAUACGCCAAUCCUCAUGCCAUUUUCUCGUACAGGGAGAGAUUAUGCCAAUCCACAAUAUGCAUAUGCUCAGCCAAUGCCAGUGAAUUCGGCGCCUUAUGCUACGCCGUGGCUAGAUCGAGAUCGUCGUAGCCGUCGCUCUACUGCGGACUCAUACCUCUCAGAUCGUAACCAGCCUUACAUACCAGCGAGGAAUGAACGCGGAAGAGUCAGGUUUGCUGAACCAGAGAGUUUGCCGCACCGCUUAUAUCCUCACUCUUCAUCGCCAUCGCCGCCCGCGCCACCUUCCAGGUACUCAAGCGUCUAUACAGAGGAUGACCCCAACAAUUCGGAUUCGGAAUCUUCUAUUCGUGACCGAUCUCGUCCAAGGUCAAGGUAUAGCCGACACCAGAGCUCGUACGUGGGCGACUCAGAUUCGGACGAAGCAGAAGGCUUCGAUGAGCUUAUGGGCGGUAAGGUAUUUCAAUUUAUCCCUUCGCGAACUUCUAAGACACUUUCAAAAAGCGGCCAUAGUAUCGAAAGCGAUUUUUCGUUUGAGAAGCCCGAGGAUGGGGCCUCUUGCGCAAGGGAUGAUCCAAAUGUUCCUAGGGCCGGCGACAUUCUCCACGUAUAUCAAUCUCAAUACACUGGGGACGCGGUCUCUGACGGAACACAUACUGCAAAAUUGACCGUUAUACAUGACCCUAAAAAGCAACGACAGCCUCUUUUUAGAUGGGUACAUCUAGAGCAACGUAUGAUGAAUCUCGAUGAACUCUCUACCGAGAUUGCACGGAUCCCCGGCGUUACCGACUCGGAACGCAACGGGUUCGCGAAGCUGCUUGCCGAAGUAAAGAAAACCUCUGUCAAGGUUAGGCCUACGGCAAAGGGGAAUAAUGUGCGACAUAUGGACCCGAAGCCUAUCCGUGUGACCAUUCCUCCCGAUGGGCGUACAAAAGGCCAGACCUCGAGGUUUGUGACUUGGCUAUGCGUGCCGUACUUUUCGCUCGAGAAGUAUUCGGGACUUCUGUCGGCUAGCACUGCUUCUUCUUUUCCAAUCGAAACCUUACUUCAAUCCGAAUAUGCUCGCACUACGCAAGAGCGUGACAUGCAACAGGCUGUCUGCAAGAAUGGCGAGGUUCCCGAUGGCCAUUGCUUCCAUAUCGCACAGCUGUGGUGUAUCGUAUUGGACAACACCCUGCUUAUCACAUGCGGUCGAAUGCCAAGUUCAACUUUAAGGGGUGACAUUAUACGCAUAGCUAACGAGCCUUUCAAGGAGUCUAUAGGCAAAGGGAAGAAAGUAUACGUAUCUUACUACGACACUGUCCUUUGGGAGCUUCCGUUGGAGUCUUGCUCAACUUGGUUUGACUUCUCGAUACACUUCCGCGAGUUCUGGCCACAAGCGAUAAGGAUCUAUCAUCGUGGCCGUGUCCUGACAGAAACUGAUUGGCCCCGGAUUGUCAACAUAGUGAAGAAUGUAAAUACUAGAGUCGUUCUUGACCUUCGUUUAGGGGCACAUCCGCCUCCUCCGGCUAUUGGUGUUUUACAACCAAUUAGAGAAGAAGUAGAAGGCGCCGAACGCAAAGAAUUGGCAACAGAGAAUAACGGUAAUAAGAAGACAAAAGAUGAGAAAUAUCAGAUUGCCGACGACAAAUUUCACGUAUUCUCGUGGCUGGAGAUGGCUGAAAGUGAAGACGAUAGCGGAGAGCUAGACGUCGAAGCACUGAUUACAAACCUUCAAGAAGCGGAAGAUUACCUACUUAAGUCGACGAGUAUGAGGGAUCGAAACGCAUAUCACAACUGCAAUUUGUCUUCACGGAGUUCUGUCCAUGCGUAUCUAAGAGGCAAGGGGCUGAGGAUAGAAAAAAAGGACGAAGAAUCUGUGGAAAAGCGAGGGUACGAAAACAAAAUCGAUUUCUACAACGCGGCCGACAUUGUCUUUUCUUUCUUUCUCCCACAAUCACUAAGCGAAGAUACACCGACAAUCGGGAAAUUCUGGGGUGCGGUUGAGAGCUUGGUCGAGAUACCAGACGCAAGAGUCAACGAGGACGAUCGAGUUCAACGAGACAGGGUAUCACGACGGAGUGCUAACACACACAAUAAUCUACACCCGCUUAGAUCCACUCUCAGAGGACUAACGAGAGUGAUACAAUCAUUUCAGGAUAUCCUAUCCCACACGCCAGCCGCUCUCCGAACAAAGGUAGAGGUGCCCGACAGUCUCGUCCGUGCUUGGUUGCAUUUAGUUAUCGCCCUUAUUCAGGCGUCGCAGAACGAUGAAGCUUGGAACGAAAACAUAAAUGUCGCCGAGGCUUUGAUACGAAGAGGAAUGGACGACAUCAUGGACGGAUUACCUACGGAGGACCUGCUCUCCAGCUCCGUCAUCCAACCGAUGGAACUCGUCACAUUAAUUAGCUUAAAGCUACUCCAAGACUCUACGGGGACGUAUUCAAGCAUCAACGACACAUAUUCUAAUUAUCUGAAAGGGCUGGAGAAUGAAAUCACCGCCAACAGCUCCGAUCGUUCGCAUCAGUUCCGCAUCACCCUUUUCAAGCAAGAGGUCGCCGUGAUUCGUCGAGUGAUUUCGUCACAGUUGAACGUUGUAGACGGCAUGACUGCGCCCCAAAGACCGUAUUGGGGCGACCAAACCCGUAGGGAGAGGGAGAUGCUAGAUAAGGAGCGUGAGAAAUCAAAAGCCGAGGCUGCGAGGAUGCGAUCGCGAUCCUAUCCAAAGCAAGGUGCAGCAGCAUACGUGGACAAGCUCGACACGUACGAAAACUAUGGCUAUAUUAACAACCAUAGGAGCGUAUCAGUCCUUCCCAGCGCUUACUACUUCACGCCAGCCGGUCACCCUGACGACUUCUCCAAACUGGCAUCCACCGAUCCUGGCGGGUUCAGGGAGCUCCUCGGUCGCGAGUGUAGGUCCUGGUUGGAGCGCAGGGACAGCGAAUUCUUGGAGCUCGACGUCGAGGCGUCACGGCUCGAGAUCAUGAACGCCAACAAGAUCGAAGUGACUAAGGAUCGACAGGAAGCAGCGGUCUACGCCUUCACCAUGGUCACCAUUAUCUUUUUGCCACUUAGUACCAUCAGCUCUAUCUUCGGUAUGAACUCGAGCGACGUGCGCGACAUGGACCUCGGGCAGUGGGCGUAUUGGGCGACAGCCUUACCUACUACCAUCGCGGUAAUCAUCAUAGGUCUGUGGUGGAUGGGCGAAUUACAUAACUUGAUCGACUGGGUGAGAGGGCUCCCUUCUCGAUCGAACAGGAGCUAUGCACGAGUGUCGCGCCCAGCUGCUGCAAACGGCGUCAUAUAUUACCCCCAGGGAGACUAUCCUGGGAGGUCUGACCCGCAACAGGCGAUGAGACCAUAUAGCCGGGCGACUCCGGGCCCGCCGGUGCCGCGGACGUCAUGGCGGUACUAGAGGUAGUACCCAGUAUUUGUAGCAGUGUAGUAACAUCUUGGAUAGCUUGGAUAGCUUGGAUCCGUUUUCUCCAGUUUGGGAAAUUCUCCUAUCUAGAUCGGAUUCGGAUAUCAAAAAUCGUGCAGCCACGUCGACGGUCGCGGAAAUCCGCCUCACUUAUUCCUGGGGUCAGGUGGCGCUGGUUGGUGGGUGGUUUGCUUUUCGAUAAUGCCGUCGCAGAUCCCUUACACCAUGCAAGCCCUCACGCAAGCCUUCCAGCC